CUGACGAACGUAUCGGGACGCGAGGACACCGGGCGGUCGUCCAUCCGGUCUUACAGUCUGUAGUAAAUCACGAGGCGUUCAUCGUCUACAAAUUGCGUGUGAGGCCCUCGUAACAGAACAAGAUUAUCUGGCCCUGCACAAGGCACCCAUCAACGGCAGCUCGACCACACAAAGCAAUUGCGGCCAGCCAUCGACUCAUUCAUCCCGGAACCAGACAGCCCCAAGAUCUGUACCAUGGCCGACCACGCCAGCCUCCUCAAGCUCGCCGAGACAGAGGUGUCCCUGGAGAUCACAAAGGAACAGUACGGUCCGGUCAUCACGAGCCCGCCUUUUGUCUACCUGGACGGGACCUUCAACACCAGAGACCUCGGAUUGAUCCCCGACAGCCCGCUCCGCGCAGGCUUCGCGUAUCGCUCUGGCCUCCUGUCCAACAUUACAGACAAUGGCAGGGCUGUGCUCGAGGGUAAGCUUGGCAUCAAGCGCGUGUUUGACCUGCGGUCUCAGCCGGAACGAGAAAAGGCGCCCGAGCCGGUCUUCGACGGCGUAGAGACCACGUGGCUCCCAAGUACACGAACCGACUCGAGGCCAGACCUGGCACUGUUCGCUUCAGGUGGUGGUGAGGCUGGGUACGAGGAUAUGUACUUGGAAGUGAUUGAGAUCUAUGUUCCAAGCUGGAAAGCGAUUCUAGAGCACGUGCGAGACCGCCCCGACGAGCCGUUCCUAGUGCACUGCACAGCUGGCCGUGACAGGACUGGCGUUUUCGGCGGCCUGCUCCUGACACUUGCGGGUGCAUCCGAAGAGACGGUCACGCUAGACUACCUGCUAUCCAGAGUCGGUACUGAGCCAGUCCGGCUCAUGCUGCUCCAGUAUGUGCUUACUGAGACCGAUGCAAAGAGCGAAGAAGAUGCGGGGUUUUACAACCUCUGCAGUCUUCGCGCUUCCUCUUGGAAGGCAUUCACCGAUGGCGUACAGAAGAAGUAUGGGGGAUUUAUCCAGUUUGCCAAGCAGGAGCUCGGAUUCUCUGAAGAAGAUCUUGCCACGAUCAAGAAGAACGCAACCAGCCCACGUAGCUGAUUUCGGGAAGAGACAACUCUGCGACUUGGGCCAUUAGUAGUCGGAGAGGCGGUCGUUCCUGGUUUUUACCAGCAAGGACUAUCCGUGGCCGGAAUGAAUAGAACCAUGUCUCUAUCUUUUCUCCUCGUCCGCAUCGACUCGCAUUAGACAACGAAACGACACGUAAUGGUGGUGCCGACAUGUUCCGCGCAAGACAACGUUUACCCUGCCGAUUAUCCGUAUGAUUUUGUACGCAGGCCGGUAAGAGACGACCACAGGCCUGUUCCCAGGAGAUAGAAGCCGAAAUCCUGGGAGCGACUCCAACUCCUUCCCUAUCUGGCCUUGCCAAGUGUAUAAUGAUGGAAUGUGACUGCAAACUCCACAGUAGGGCGGCUGAAGUGGGAGGCCUUCCCGUCCACAAUGGCCCCCACUUUACACGUCAAUGUUCAAAGGGUUGUUGUCGUG